AGGGCACGCCUCUGCCUCCACCCCCCAGGAACAAAUCAAUCAGGAGUUCUUUGGGCGGGAGAGGUUGGAGGCGUUAGUACCGAAGGGGGCCUCCGUGUUGGAGGGCAGUCUGAACCCCUCGGCUCUGAUGAGCCAGAUGCUGCCGUCGGCCGACCGACUGGCCCUUGCCCGGCUGGACGAGGGAUCCCUCGAGGCGAAAGUCCUCCUGAAUGCUGCCUCCAGUUUUAUGGGCCUCUGUGAGCACCUCCGAAGGGUGGAUCAAAUGAGGGAGGCCAAGGGUGCCGCCGAGGGGGAGGCCGCCCUCCUCAGGAAGAAGCUUGCUGAAGCCGAGGACUCUCUCCGUCUGGCCACCGACGGCAUGGAGCAGAGGGUGCAGGCUGCAAGGGCCGAAGGGGUUAAUGAGGGGCUAGCCAGGGCCGGGGAGGCCGCCGCCGAGGCCGCCCGUAUUGCUGCUGAUGAAGCCCGCGCGGCUCAAGAAGAGGCCGUCUCCAAGGCCCGAGAGGAUGCGGUGACCAGCUUCACAGUCGAGGGGUGGAG